CUUAAAUUAAUAACCUUUUUUUUUUUUUUUUUCGUUUUUUCCCUCUUCCCCUCCAUCAUCACACCAAAUAGAAGCCAAAUAUCUAUAUAUGGAGGAAACAGAGUACUCUGUUUCAGAAAAUUUUGAUCAGUUUGUCACUUGUCUAGAAUCACUCCCAACUACAAAGAACAAAAAAAACAAGAGCAAGAAGAAUAACAAGAAGAGGUUCACUGAUGAGCAGAUUAGGUUGCUAGAGUCCAUAUUCGAAUCCAACUCGAAGCUUGAGCCGAAGAAGAAGGCUCAACUGGCUAGAGAGCUAGGACUUCAGCCUCGGCAGGUUGCUAUAUGGUUUCAGAACAGAAGAGCUAGGUGGAAAUCAAAGCAGAUAGAAAAAGAAUUCAGAAAGCUCAAAGCUGAAUAUGACAGUUUAGCAUCCACGUUUGAUUCCUUGAAGGAUGAGAACCAGUCCUUGCACAGUCAGGUUCAGAAACUGAAUGAUUUACUGGGAAAACCUCAAGAUUUGAACAGCAGGGAUAGCAAAGGCUUGACAGAAAAUUGUAAAGGUAUGAAUUGGAAGGCUGAUGAAAAGUGUUGCUUGCAGGAGAGAUUGGGAUUGGAUCAAAGCCGAGGAAACAUAGAUUCAUGCAACAUCACAAGAAACGUUAAUGCUGGAGACACCAGAGAGCAAGGUUAUGAGCUUCUGAACAGCAACAAUCAACACGUAGAUGUUUCCUUAAUGUCGAUGGAGAAUUGGUAUGGUUUUGACCCAUCUCGCUGGUAGUUCAUCUCAGUGGAUAAACUUAUGGGGUUUGAGAGCUUGAAGCAGAAACAAGAACUUGAUAGCACAAUGCAGCAAGACACAGGCAGAUUUGCAAUCUGCAUGAAACUGAGGCUUAGACAGAUCUUAAGAAAACAACAGAAAAGUCUAAGAGAGUUAGCACAGAAAACUGGUUUUUGGAGAAGUUGAGAAAGGAUAAAGAAUUGGGAAAUGUUCCUUUGCAUGAAUGAAUAUGGGUUUCUGACUUUGUAUAAUUGUAUUGCAUGACCAUAAGUUUUUUCACAUAUAAGAGCAAGAUACAAUUGUAAAGUCUUGUUUAUUCCUUGUAAUUAUAAAUAAGUUGGGUUUAUUUUAGUUUGUUUGUUUUUAGUUUGUUCAUACACAUAAUCCAAGGUAAUUAUGUUUCUACCUUA